AUGUCACAAGCUGAGAGCGCUUCGGUGAAGACCAAGCUUCACACUUUUUAUCGAAGCCCACUCUUCAAUGCGAUCAUCCUUGGUUUAGUGAGCUUCACCCAGCCGGGUAUAUGGAGUGCUUUAGCUGGGCUCGGGGCCGGCGGUCUGGCAACGCCUUUCUUUGUCAAUGCAGCAAAUGUGAUCACAUUUGCUAUCAUGAUCGUGCUGAGUCCCAUUUUCGCUAUCGUGGGUAAUCGAUGGAGCUUGAAAUGGGUCCUUGUGAUUGGCACCAUCGGAUAUGCUCCGUAUUCGGCCUCAUUGUACACAAACAGCGUUUAUGGAACGCAAUGGUUCAUGUUGUUCGGUGCAGCAACGUGUGGAAUAUCGGCCGCGGCCCUCUGGGUCUCCGAAGCUGCUAUUGGUGUGGGUUAUCCAGAGGAAAACAGGAAAGGGGUGUAUAUCGCAAUCUGGUUCGGUCUGAACAAAAUCGGCACGAUCAUUGCAUCAUCAAUUGAACUAGCAUUGAACCUUGGGAACGACCAACAGGGGUCAAUCAGCUCAGAGACCUACUUGAUUCUCAUUGCCUUGCAAUGUCUCGGUCUGCCGCUAGCCCUUCUAAUCUCCCCGGUCGACAAACUCAUCCGAAGUGAUGGAACCAAGCCAGCGAAGCCCGAGCGCACAACAUUCGCAGAAGGAUUCCGAAGAUUCUGGCGCAUUAUGAAACGUCCUGAAAUCGCGGCCCUGAUACCGAUUUUCUUAACCAGUCAAUGGGCGCAGACAUACGAAGGCAACUACCUGACAACGUAUUUCACUGUGCGAUCCCGGGCUUUGGCAUCAUUCAUCAUCACUUUUCUCGGGCUUGUCAUCAACAUCCUUUUCGGUUGGUUCUUGGAUUAUGACCGGUUGAGUCGAGCUACCCGGGCUCGAGCAGGAUGGAUCAUCUUGGUGAUCACGUACACGGCCACGUAUAUUUACAACCUGGUGCUGGAGGCAGAGUAUGAGAAGACAAGCCCGGUAUUUGAUAUUGAGACGCCGGGAUUUGCGCGGGCAGUUGCAGUGUACUGUAUUUUCUUCGUGCCCUACAACGCGUUCGCUGUGUGGGGAUACUGGAUUCUCGGUUGUUUCGAUCACAAGAUCGAGAACUUGACGUUUUCCGCUGCUGUUCUGCGAUCGAGCGAGUCGCUAGCAAGUACGAUAUCAUACGCCCUCGGGGCAUCAAAGAGUGUGUCACUGCUGAAGAACAUUCUUGUGGCUUCGAUCCUGUUCUGGGCUGCGAUUCCGACAACGACUUGGAGUGCGUGGCAGGUGGAAGAGUACGAGGAGGAUGAGGUUAGCGAGGAUGUCUCUGGUAGCCCACAGCUGGUGCAUGUCACAGUCAAAGGUUCUUCUGGUGUCUGA